AUUCAAUCUACGCGCCAACCUCGAAUUCUACCUUCAAGCGACGAGAGACACGAUGAAAGUAACUAUACGCGAGUGGAACGCCGUCGCUGCCUGGCGUUGGGACAUGCCAGACGACGAUGUCUGCGGUAUUUGUCGUAACCCUUACGAUAGCACUUGCUCCAAGUGCAAGUUUCCUGGCGAUGAGUGUCCACUAUUACUGGGAGAGUGCAACCACUCUUUUCACAUGCACUGCAUCUUCUCUUGGUUGAAGCAAGAGAGCUCUCUAGAGAAGUGCCCCAUGUGCCGCCAACCUUUCAAGUCGAAGAGUCAAGACGCGCCGACAGCGACCGAAACCCCGGCACCGACCCAAGAACCCGAUACAAGCCCGCUAUAGCCUUUGAAUCAUAUGAUCGAUUACGGAAACUCGUUGAGAAGCUUGUCGUCACCUCGAUCUGCGGGUAUAUGAUUGAAGCUGGGGAAAUGGCGCUUCACAUCCGCAAUACCCCGGCUUGCACAAGGAUGUUACUAUCGGCGUUUGGAUUUGGAUGAUACCCUAAGAACUGC